AGAGGUGUUGAGUUGGCCCGGGGUGUUUGUCUCCUUAUCCAUUUAUUGUGAAAUCGGUUCCUGGUGGUGUGUGUGUGUGGUGAAGGGGUGAAUGUUUUCAGCGACGCCUCCACUCUGUCACAUGAUCGGACUCCACAGAGGAGUUCGGCGGGGCGCGCUGUGAGUGUGACACACGGCACCGCAGCCUAUAAGCGUCGCCCAGCGGCUGUGACGAGCAUUACAAGCGCCCAUGGACGCGGCCGUCCUGAGUUAAAGAAGCAAUAUCUGACGGGAGCAGCUCGUGGGACUCAUCCGUGGGUUUGUUGUGCUGGAGUUGAAAGCUACGGACGUGGAUUUGCACGAGCAGGCUGCUGAAUGGAGACGCGACUCCACGUUCUGCUGUACUGGCCCAAUGUUAUUGGAUACAUCCGGAUUGGCCUUGUGUUUGCUGCUUGGGCUGCCAAUGAAACACCAGCAGCCUUCGUACCUCUUUACUCAGUCUUCAUAGCACUUGAUGAAGUGGAUGGGUGGCUGGCGAGGAGGCUGGGCCAGAGCUCCAGGUUUGGGGCCUGGCUGGACGUAGUGGUGGACAAUCUGGGGAGAGGCAUGCUGUGGGGCCUGCUGUUUGAGUGGGGUUGGCUGGUGUCUGCACUGGAGUGGUGUGUGUUUGUCUGUAACCACAAUCAAAGAGGUGACAACUGGAAGAACAGCUUCACCCACAGCCCUCGGUUCAUACAGGUCAUCAUGGCAAAUGGGUUCCGUACACCACUUGGCACGUGGGUGGUGAGUGGGCUGCACUGCCUCCCUCUGUGGCUGUAUGGUUAUCAGUGGGGUUUCCUGUCUCACUGGUUAUAUCUACCUCUCUGGAUCCAGGCCCUGGGGGCCGUGCUGUUGGCUGCAGGCCGCCUUCUGGCUCUGUCUGCGGAGAUCUGGUGUAUAUGGACACACAUUGAAUAUCUCACCAAUGAUGAGCCAGAGGAGAAAAAUAACUGAAAGCCUCUCAGGAGUGUCGGCUUUCACUGUCCUGUCUCCACCCUGAUGUUAUUCCAUCACUUUUAGAUAAACAAUGUUGAGGAUUACAUUCCCUUCUAACUGAAAUCAUUCAGCACUGCUCUGUGGUCACAUGAGCUACAUUUUAUCCCUUCGUUCUAUUGUGGCAAAAAUGUUUUGCCAUUUAAGAUAUAACACAACAUAUUGAAUGUAUCUGACGGCGACAUCUGCAUCUUGACCUGUCACUAAUUUCAUAAUCAUGCUUAAAUAGGUAUUCCAGUAUUUUAGAGCCUGGGCCACAUGUUUAUCAACAUCUGGGAUCUGUCCAGAUAGUCUCUCCUGGCAGCCGCAACACAGUGGCAGUGGCUAUAAUAUAAUCUUAUGGGGCAACAGGUGACAAAAUGUUCAAUAAACAUACGUUUUUCAUCUAUAGAA